AGAUCAUUCAGCCCUGACAUCGUCCUGAUUCGUCAGAAGGUCAAGGACAUAAAUGAUGAUUGGAGACCUAUGAUUGGUGGGUUCAUUUUGGGCGGAGUCACGUGCGUGAACACUCCCACUUCAUUGUACAACUCGGCUGACAGGCAAUGGAUGAUGGCCAAAUUGGAGGCCUUGAAACGUCUGAACGGAAGUGAUAUGCCGCUCAUUGAAAGAAAGUUCUUUUCCAGAAGCGUCGAUUGUACGAAAGUCACCCUGGAAUUCCCUCUCGUCAUGAAAAGUGAACUUCACCACAAUGGCAACGGAAUUAUAAAAAUAGAAACAGAACGCGAUUGGUUGGAGCUUUUAAACUUCAGCAACCAAUCAAAUUUCACUAUCGAGCCGUUCAUUGAAGCCCUCUAUGACAUCAGAGUGCAAAAAAUUGGCGACCACUAUCGGGCUUUUAAACGCACGUCUUUGAGUGGCAGUUGGAAGAUAAGUUGCGGCCAGGUUGUACUGGAGGAAAUACCUCUUCCUGAUAGGUACAAAAAAUGGCUAGUCGAAUGUUCCAGAGUGUUCGAUGAGAUGGACAUUUGUGCCCUGCAGCUGCUGACCAACUCUGACGGCAAAGAAUUCGUAAUUGAUGCGUACGACAGCACCAUGCCAUUGCUAGGUGACACGCAGGAAGAAGAUCGCAAGUUGAUUGCUGACGUCAUCGUCGAUAAAUUGAAGCAGCAGUGCCUCAAUUCUAAGCGCGCAACUAAUGGUUCUUCCGGCAAAAUAUUGAAAAACGUCAAAAGCACAUCACGUGAUCAGGUGGAGGAUUCGGAGGAUACGAUGAGGAACCUGAGGAAGACAUUUGCUGGAAUAUUCGGAGAUAUGUGAUCCUGGUAGUGAUGAUGAUGGUGGUGGUGAUAAUGAUGAUGAUAGUAAUGGUGAUGAUGGUGAUAUUGAUGGUAAUGAUGAUGAUGGUAGUUGACGAUAAUGAUGAUGAUUAUGAUGAUGAUAAUGAGAGUAUUGAUAAUAAUGAUGAUGUUGGUGACUUAGUGAUAAGGUUUUUUUACAGAUAAAAAGUAUUAAUUUUUUAUAAUUGUCGUUGUUCAUAAACAUUUUUUCCUCUAGAACAUUCUGAAGAAUUAUUUUUUUUCGUUUAAAAAGUUCUAGGUUAAAUGUUGUUCCAUUUUUUGUGAUCUAACUUCUUUAAAUUCCAUUUAUUGGAUUCAUAUUUAAAUUGACAUUGAAUUCUUAGUGAGCUCAAUUCGCUAAUUCGCUAAUUCGCUACAACUUAUAUGAAUAUGAUGAAUAUAUUUUUUCAAUUUAUUUUUCAGUCACGCAUUCAUUCAUUCAUUUAUUCAUUCAUUCGUUCGUUCGUUCGUUCGUUCGUGCGUUCAUUCAUUCAUUCAUUCAGUCAAUCAUUCAUUCAGUCAUUCAUUCGUUCAUCCAUCCAAUAGCUAAAAUCAAUUGGAUUGGAAUAAUUUUUAAAAAUAAAAAUCUCGUUACUAAUCGUUGUCACUUGCAUAUUUUUUGAUUGACAUAUAUUUGAAUAUGUGCG